AUGUCUACUAGAAGUGGUCUAAUAAGACAAAGUGUUAUAGAACCCAGUCCCCCGAGGACACGUAAAGGUGUUUCACCCCCACGGUCCCCUGCCCGAACGAGGAAAAUUUCACCAUCACGUUCAUCGACUAUUAAGUCCGCACCGUCACCAACACGCAAAUCUCCUAGCCGUAAAUCAACAUCAAAAAAUCCAGCCCCAAAAUCUCAAUUAACACCUGAGAAGGAAUCUGGAUCGAUUAUAUCCACUUCGCCAUCUAAAAGACCAGCUAUUAAAUUAGAUGUAGAUGUAAAAUUGAAAGAUCUAUCAGUUAAGUUAGAUUUCUAUCGGAAUACUCGCUCUCGACGUUUUGAAUAUUCAAUUAAAGAUAUUCAGUCUACUGUUUCUAAGACUGAUUUGACUACUGAUGAAAAAAUCAAUGGAUUUGAAUCGCAUUUGGCUACAGUUAAUGAUAAUGAGUUAAAAAAUCGUAAGUUCAUUGAAGAGGUGCCAUCACACAGAUCAACCCGUUUACAUAACUUUAUUGAAAGUGCCCCUGAAUUUAGACGAAGCAUUAGUAAAUCACUUAGUAAGUCAGUCAGUAAAUCAAUUGGAACAUUAUCUGAUGGGGAAAAUUCUGAUGAUGAAUUGCAAAGAGAAAAAUCUAAAUCAGUGACAAGAAGAUUAGCAACACCUUUAAGAUCAAGUGUUGGGAAAUUGGUUACACCUGAAUAUAAAUUUGAGUUUGGUGGUAUUAUAGGACCUGUUUUACUGAUAAUUUUAAUACCAGUGACAGUAUUUUCUAUUCUUUUGUCUUGUUCAAAGUUUUGUUCACACAGUCAACUUCUUAAUUUAUCAGAAUAUAAGUCCUCAACUCUUUGGUUUAAUAACAAGUCAUUAAUUCUUGUUGUAGCACAAUAUAUAAUUCAAGCUGCCUUUGUUGUUGUACCUUUAUUUGGUCUAAAGGUAGAGCAACGGAAUGGAAAAGGAAAUAAACAAUGUUUUAAUGCAUUUUUCUCCAGCAUAUGCACUGUCAGCAUACUGUUUGCUUUAGACUACAUAAGAAUAAUAAAAGUUGAUGCAAUACUGGAAUUGUAUUUAAGUUUAGCAUUGGUAGCAUACAUUAAUGGGGUUUUACUGGCAAUAUUUCUAUAUAUAAGGAGCAACAGAUUAGAUAAUCGAACAGUCAAUUCAUAUGGAAACACAGGAUAUUCUGUUAAUGAUUUUUUUGUGGGAAGGGAAGUUUACUCUUCUAUUAAAAAUUUAAAUAUAAAACUUUGGAUUUCAAGAAUAUCUAAUAUAACUUCUCUUAUUUUAUUAAUUCUUAUCUUCAAAUGUGGCUUUGAAUUACCAUCAAAUGAUUUAGAAAAGCUUUCAUUGGAUAACUACAGGGACUUUUUAAGCAAAGUGCGCUUGAAGCCAACAAUCUUAUUAUUUUCAAUGAUGCAACUAAUAUAUGUUCUUAAUUUCAUUCUAAAAGAACACAAGAUCGAAACAACAUUUUAUUGGCAAUCAGAAGGAUUAGGGUACCUCCAGACUAUUUCAAGUGCACUAUAUCCAUUUUACUUUACAAGUAUUUCCAAAUAUGUAGCAGAUAUUGACUUAAAUAUGUCAACUAAUGCCUUAGUUGCUGCUUUAACAUUAUUUCUGGUGGGUUUCGUUAUUAUGCUUUUAAGUAAUAAUAUUAAACAUGACUUCAGGAGAAACCCAUUUCAUCCCAGCUUGGCACAUUUAGAUUCAAUGCCCACACUUCAUGGUAACAAGCUGCUGGUAUCCAAUCUUUGGGGCAUUGUACGUCAUCCCAACUAUACUGGUGAUAUUCUUAUUCACAUAGCUUUAACAUUACCAGGAAUUUUGACCAGAAGACCUAUGGCUGCCCUUCCAGCCAUUUUGACUAUAGUAGUAUUGUUGCAUCGUGCUUGGAGAGACCAUGGGCGAUGCUCACGUCGUUAUGGUGCGGCUUGGCAGAGAUAUUGUAAGAGAGUGCCCUCAGUUGUAAUACCUAAGAUUCUAUAA